AUGAAAAAAGAACAAGGAUUAAUCGACCUACCUAUCCACAACCGAAUCAAUCGGGAAAAGUUCCCUGCACUGUCAGCCAUCAUCAUAGCCUGCCUCCAGCCCACCGAAGCAGACACCGUGCUGUCCUCAGUGCUGACCCCCACUGAAGUGCUGACCCCCACUGAUGGCACGAAACUGAACCGGCAGAGUCGCAGCUACUACGACCGGUACGGUACCGGCCGGCCGUACGCGAGGCUAGAGUACGGGAGGUUGGACUACGAUCGACCGGCGAGGUGUGGUCGGUGCCAGGACGAUAGGGACGACCGGGACGACGAUUAUGACAGACGUCGCGGCUACGACGACGAUCGGCGUUCUCACAGACCCACCUAUGGGAACCGAUAUGAUCGGAACAAGGGCGGAGAUGAUGAUGACGAUGACCGCCGCUACAACACCGACAGAAACAGCAACAGCAACAAGAACGGCACUGAUAAUGAGGGGGACAAGGACAAAAACUACGACGACAAAGACAGCCGUCCAAGCGGCAGCAAGCGAGACAGAGACAGGAAUCGCGACCGGCAUAGAGAUCGGGACGAUGACAGAGACAGAUAUAGGCCUGACUACUAUGACAGGUUCUUAGGGGAUAGACGAGAUAGAGAUAGGUACGACAGACCGUACUACGAUGAUCCGUACAGGGAGAGAAGGCCGUUGUACGACAGGUACCCGGAUAGAUACGAUGGAUACGGAUACCCAGGGUACAGGAGGCCAGUCUACGAUGACAGAUAUGAUAGAGUAGGAGCGUACGACGAUUCAUUUGGUGGAUAUGGACCUGGUGUUGGAAGAGGGCCACAUGAUAGUUUCAGGCCAUGGGACGAGACGUACCGCGGGCAGGCGGGGUGGGACGCGGGGGGUCGCGGGUACUACUUCGCGUCGGGCCGCCCUGACGCGGCGCCCGCGCAGCCCUGGGGCCGCCCUGAUGCCAGACCACAGUACGGCGAGAGCGGUUGGCAAAACGUGGGCUAUUCCGGCGGUGGUUACCGCGAUCCUGUGCAGUACCAGGGCAGCCUGGGCUACGGUGAAGGGGGCUACCGGCAAGACCUGAGCGCCAGUUACGGACAGGGCGGCGGUUACGGACAGGGCGGCGGUUACGGACAGGGCAGCGGUUACGGACAGGGCGGCGGUUACGGACAGGGCUUCAGUUACGGACAGUCCAGUGGCUGGAGGAACGUGGGGGAGAGAAGACCGUAUAGAGAUGAGAGUGGCGUCGCAAACCUUGACAAAAAGCAACCCGCCCGCCAAAGCUACGUCCAACCUAGCCGUCCCAGCGACUAUGGACAAGCGUUCGCGCAGCCCAGCAACGGCUAUUCAAACGGCAACGUCUAUUCGAACGGCAACGGCUAUUCGACCGGUGGCAACGGCUAUUCGAACGGCAAUGGCUACGCGAAUGCCGCUCCCGCUUCCAGCAGCAGUACCACGCCGAACACAAGCUACCUAUUUCAGAGAGAAGAUGAGAGGGUGACCACAAAAACUGAUGAAACUACUAAGGCAGCACAAGGGGCGUAAUAUUUCGGUGCAUUUAAGAACUGUUGAGUUAUUUUUAAGUGUGUGCUGAAAAGGUAAUGUUGCAAUUUUUAGUUUCGUUCGUUCAGCCAAAUGACGUCCACAGCUGAACAAAGGUUUAACUUUAGCUUAAAAUAUCCUCUCGAUCCAGUUAUUACUCUAAGUAAUUGUUAGCCGUAAUAACAUCUAAUGCAAUUAAAUCUUAUUCGUAAAUACUUUAUUUCAACUGACUUUCUUCAGAAAGAAAUCAAUUACUUGAUGGAAAGUUGUAAAGUGACGUCAUUCGUGAGUUGAAAUUAACGAUGAGUUGUAGCAAUAUUUUUUUAUGAAACUGAGGAUAUCGUGCUACACUCAAUGUUUUUCAAUAAGUAGGUGUAACUUUUUGCAU